CUCGCUAGUUUUCAGUGAGUUCGCGGCAGCGGCGCUCUCUGCCGGCGACCUCCGGCACCCGGAACUGUGACAUUUACCUUAGUGCUAGUGAGAGUGUUGUGCUGACUCAGCGCCCUCUGGACCGCGCUGACGUCACGUGGAUUUGCGCUCAGAUGAAACUGCAAGCAGCGUCAUGCACCCAGAAUCUCGCGUGUAUCAUUAAAAAAAGUGUCAUAAGUGAUUCAAGUGAAAUGAACAGUGAAACACGUGACUCUGUUUAACACGUGGAAAUGAAAAGAGAAAAGUAUAAGUUCUCCGUCUCGGAACUUGGGCUGGGUGAGCGAUGAAGGGGUGGUUCGACGCGUUCCGCGAGGAAGGCGGGCCGACCCUGUACGCGUACCACAACCGGACGGCGGUGGCGGCUGAUGUGCCGGCGCUGGCGCUGGUCAUCGCUGCGCUCACGCUCUACAUCGCUUUCCUCGCUAUUUUUCCCGGCAUCAGGAAAGAGAGGUUUUCCACAUUCACCAUCGUUACGCUUAGUCUCUUCGUUGGAACUGUUAUACUAGUGUGCAAACACGGGUCGUCGUGGCACGUUGGAGGCGCCCGGGUGGCGCGCGCUGCGUACCGCGCCUACUCUGCUGAACGCCUGGACUGCUGGCUGGCUGGCCACGUAGGGCUCGGACACGUCAACGUCACACUUACCGCGCUAUCCUGGGGUAACACCUCCGUCGGAGACCCUGGCGUGGAUUACAACGAGCAGUUCCGAUGGGAGGACGCGGGCGGCGUGCAGGAGUGGUACAGAGAGGGCCUGGAGCGGGGUUUGCCGUACCCUGUGCUGAGUGUGGCUGAACACUUCGCGGUGCAACACGAGGGCUUCGAGUGGGGAGCCAAGUACCGCGCCGCGGGAUAUACCACCUCGACCUUGCUAUGGGCAGCACUCGCGCUAUGGCUACUAAUGAACCUACUGCUCGUGGUGGUACCUCGCUACGGCGCGUACGCAAUGGCAACGCUGGGUGUGACGUUGUGCGCGGCGGCCGGCGGCUACUGGGCGUCACUGCCUCAUGUACCUUUAGUGGUGCGGCUGGACGGAUCCACAUUGCUGUUCUCGCUAGGCUGGUGCUUCUGGCUGGUGCUCAUCUCAGGGUGCAUCUGCCUCGUAGUGGGCCUGCUGAUCGCAGCAGUGGACCUGGUGUGGCCGCACCGGUUCUCCACAGUGUUAGAAGUAGACUACGACACGCCGUAUGACAGACACGUGCUCAUUGUCGAUAGCCGACAGCGAGCAAGGCCACAAACACAGCAAUCCUUGCCGUCUAGAAUACUUAGGAGAUUAUCAUCAAAAACUAGAGAAACGGAGGGCCAAGUUUCUAUGGCGGUUGUGAACGAGAAUGGUCGGGACAACCCCGCCUUUCACCACGAGCAUCGCAAACCAAACUCGCCCUGGAGGUAUCCUCUCUUCAGGAGGCAGAUCGACAGAGCGGACAGUGCAUCUAGUAUAGGAUCCAGUAUUAAUGGCCACAGCACGGCAAUCAAGCUGUCUCCACUAGCGGGGAGUCCUCCGAAUCCACCUUUAGCUAUCCCAGCACACAGGUUCCGACCUCAAAUACCUGCUACGGAACGAGUUAAAGAUAUGUGGUGAGAUAGUGCGGUGACCUGUAGCUGUGGCAUUUGUUAGUGAAUAUUAUAAUGAACUAUGUAAGAAAUUUACCAAGUAGUGUGAAUUCAAGUUACCGAUCUCCAAAAUGGACGACAGUAAUCAUAAAUAAGGGGACUGUUGACCGAAAUAUUUAAUAGCAUUGCCUCAUAAGCGAGGCAGUCUCCUGCGUGUAAAUAUGUACAUUAUACUAAUUAUCUAAAUUAUUUUUAAGCACCUGUCCAGUGUCAUAAAUUGUAAUAAUGUAAAACUAGAUAUUCUAAGUUACAGGAUUUUGUUUACCUCGUUUAUAAAUUAUGGUUAUAUAGCAGAGGUGCUCAGGUGUAUUAGACUGCAUCGACACAAGUGAAUACUUUGUGCCAUGUACUCACUCCGCGAUACAAAUCAGUUAACUAACUCGCACAAUAAUAAAAGCAUAAUAAUUUUGCUGUAUAGAUACAUUUCAUUUUUGUCCAUAACGAGUAAUUUAAAACUAGUCUAGUUAAACUAAUGUUGAAUCAAGCCAAUUGAAAAUAUUGAAAUACGCCGAAAACAUACUAUUUGUACAUUUUGACUACAGUGGCCUUAUUACUUGGUGCUGUUUAGAAGAACAUUUUUUUUUCUUUUCUUAUUUAUUAUUCUGAUUCAGGGAAUUGGAUUGGAUUCAGGGAUGAUGGUCAGCAAAUUAUGCCGUGUACCUAAUUGCACUGUGUUGUUAACUCCGUUUACAUCAAGUUUGUUAGCGAGACUCCUAAUUUAAAAUGGAAACAAAUAGGCGUAAAAUAUGUAUGUACCUGACUAAAAUGUUUAAUUUGAACCUGACGUAUUUUAAUCGUAUCCCUUAUUUCCUAAUUUAUCAAGAUAAUCCAACAGUUGGCAUGUUUACACACGCCUGUUCAUAAUAUCACUAGGAAAGUCAUUAAGAUUUACUGUAAGUUAUUUAUUUCAUAUGAUAGUGGCAUUGAUAGAAUGCGUGAUAUAAAAUUCCAAACGAGAAGUAAGUAGCUCCUUAAAGGUAUUCAUUUUAAAAUAAUAUUGACCCUAAUUGUUGACAGUAUAUUAUUCUGUAAUAGUAUUAUUUAAAACGCUGAUCAUUUUCAAUGUUGUGAAAAUAUGUUUGCAACAGUGAAUAUGUAUAAGUAUGUGACAUUGCGUAGGUAAAUGUUAACAGUAUAAAAGUGAGAAUGUAUAUAACUAUAAUAGGAAGAAUGACUUAGAAGAUUGUAUUUAUUCUCUUCGAAAAAAUAAACGAAUUCAAAUCGAAAAUAGA